GCUCAAAUAUAUCAAUUUAAUUUUUUCCCAUAGUUUUAAAUGCAACACGUGACGUCACAUGACCAAACGCAUGCUUAUCCUGCUGCCGCAAACCCCAGGUAGCAUGUCGUAAAACCGAUCUGUGUUCAGUAUGUUGUUAGAGAAGUAAACUGCUACUGCCAUUGAUAUCCAGACCUUCCGAGAUUUCAUACUUAAAUAUGUAUUAAAAUAUGUAACACAUAUGGCUUAACAACGCCACGGACGCCGUGUGGGCUUUGAGAAGCAAAAAUGUGAGUUGAUGUGCAGCAAAACAAGCUCGAAGAUGGCAACCUACAACGCCGAAGCAGGACAUUCUGUUGUGGUGGAGGUGAGCCCAGAUAUCCAUAUCUGCGGCUUCUGCAAACAGCAGUACAAUAAUUUUGAGGUCUUUCUCGCCCAUAAGCAAAAUGGAUGCGCUCUGCCCACCUCUGACGCAUCAGCCACCACUGCAGCAGCCUCUCUGGCAGAUUCCAGCGCUGAGUUUGUUUUGGAGGAAACCUACCAGACCUGCGUUGUGAAAGGUGUCAAAAAGAUCCUGACCAAAGCCCAGAAAACACCUUCCAAAAAAUUAAAACCUGCCCUGACUUCAAAGAGACACAGCUGCUGUUUCUCAGGUUGCACUUUUAAGACCCAAUAUGGCCAAAAAGACAUGGAGCGGCAUCUCAAAACCCACACCGGUGAGAAGCCCUUUGAAUGUGAGCUGUGCCACAAGCGCUUCAGUCGACGGGACAAGCUCAACAUGCACAGCCGCUCACACACGGGCGAGAAGCCGCACAAGUGUAAACACUGUCCCUACGCAGCAGCCGACAGCAGCAGUCUGAAGAAGCACCUGCGUAUCCACUACGAUGAGCGACCUUUUAAAUGCCAGAUCUGUCCUUACGCCAGCCGCAACUCCAGCCAACUCACCGUGCACCUCCGCUCGCACACUGGGGAUGCACCCUUCCAGUGCCAACAGUGUGAUGCAAAGUUCAAAAUCAACUCAGACCUGAAGAGGCACAUCCGGAUUCACUCCGGCGAAAAACCUUACAAGUGUGACUUUUGCGACUACCGCUGCGCCAUGAAAGGCAACCUGAAAUCUCACAUUCAGAUCAAACACGGCACGGAGAACACCUUCCGCUGUGCGCACUGUGAUUUCCAGUGUGCCAAUAAGACUGCUCUGCGGCAACACUCGCGAGAGCACCAGCCAACCCAGCCCAUCCGGUGCUCCAAGUGCACUUACUCCUGCUCCAGCAAGGGGGCGCUCAAGGUCCACGAGAGGAUCCAUUCAGAGGAGCGUCCCUUUAAAUGUGACUUCUGCAACUUUUCCUCCAAGCAGCGCAGCAACCUCGUCAUCCACAAAAAGAAGUGCCACUCGGACAAGCCCGAAAAGGGCAGCUGUGGGAAAGGAGGCAGAGGUGGAGGGAAAGGCGGAGGGGGUGACUCUCCGAAGCCUGUCGGCUCCAGAUAUCGGGCCAAACUAGAGGCAGCUCGAGCCUUCUGCUGUGACUCGUGCGACGCCUGCUUUGUGAGGGAGGACUCCCUGCGCAGCCACAAGAAGCAGCAUCGAGACACUCAGAAUGUGCUGCAGCUCCAGCUCUCCACCCCAGCUGAUGGAGUCAACCUGGUUCCUGUAACGACGUCACAGGGCAGCAGCCAGCUGGAAGUUCCUAUCCCGUCUGACUCGAUGUCUCCUUACAGCAGUGCACAGCUGAAAAUCAUUGUAUCUCACCCCCUGGGUCAGGAAAACGCCUUAAUUCCAGCUAGUAUGGAUAGUCAGAGUAAGACCAACAUGGUCCUGCUAAGCCCAGAAAGCCAGGACAUGGUAGUCAGCUCCAUGAUCCAACAGGUCAACCUGCUCGCGCCUAUGCAACCCCUUGUGUCGUCCCAGGCUGCAGAAUCCGCCCUUGAACCCCAGACAGUCCUGUUGACACAGCUGAGUGCCGACGACACCAACAGCCCGCUCCACCAGGCCCUGCUGCAGACCGCCAUAACCACUCAGGACUCCAGCGGCGGCUCGCAGACUUUCAUCACAACCUGCUCUGAACUGGAGGGCCUCAACGCCUUGAUCCAGGAGGGCGGCACAGAGGUGACGGUGGUGACAGAAGGGAACGCCACCUUGGUGUCCACAGCGGCUCCGCCCGACGCGGUGUGCGGUCCAGCAGAGGACAUGUCCAAGCCAGCAGUGGAGGAGAGUGCCUUGUCCUGUGAGGAGAGUGCGUUACUGGUGCCGAACAUGAGCCUGAGCAGCCAGAAUGUGGUCAUCCACGGCAUCCCACUGAUGGUGUCCCCUCAGCCACAGCAGAGCGCGGUAGAGCAUCUCCCUCCACACACACUCUACGCAGAUUCACACACACUGGAAGGCAUCCCACCUUGAGUGGAGGGCUCGGUGUGUUUUCUAAAAGACCACAGUGUUAUCAUAAGCUAUAUCUUUGCCAGUAAGAACUCGUAGGUCCUGUAAUAGUAACAGCUUUUGUUUCUAGCAGUUUAAUCAUUCACCACUGUAGUAACAAUACUGAGGACUUUUUCAGAUUUUAGAAUAAUUAAUUGUUGUCGUAGCACAAUGGUUCAAUCCAGAUUGUUGUCACGUUUAACAUUGAAUAACUUUGAAUGUGAAAGCAUAUCGUCGGGACAUGAUUUCAUAUGCUCUAUUUUCAAGUGUCAUUUUUUUGGAAGCAUCAAAAUUAAACUUUAUUUUGCAUAAAUUGACUGAAUCAUGUAUUUUCAGGCAGCAUCUUAGACAAAAGUCUUAAUAGAGAAGACGAAAUUCUUCAUCAAAUAGGCACAACUUGGAAUUGAACGUCUGUCUUUGUGCCAUGGAGUUCUCCAGUUUGUGCACCAGGUGGCAGCAGAGAUUAAAGGGUGACGUUUUCUCUGUCAUUGUGGGGUAUUGCAGUCCUUAUUGAUUCUACGUAUUCUGUACAAGUCGCUGUUUUUGAAAAUGAAUGUUUUCAGGUGCUCAAUCUGAAUGAAGGAGGUAAAUGUCAUUUGUGGACAACAUUAGACUGCAUUUCAAGGUCUUACUUUUUAAAAGCCAAGAUGCUCUCCCAAUAGAUUUUUCAAUAAAGUGCCUGUUUUGCUUGUGGCUCUCUGUUA